CCCCCCCCCAAACAACCCACACGAAUUCUUUUCUCCUUCUGCCUCGCUUAUCCAUUUUCUCAUCUUCUUUUCUGCCUCACCCCGACGGCUAUCUUUUCAAUCUGCGAUCCGUGGCCGGCUGGUGCCAUCAUGCUUCAGAACUCCCUGGAGCAUCGCAAUGCCAUAAGUCGCCCUCCUUUCCACCCGCCCCUCGAGUGCCGCAACUAUGACCUCCGAUAAACAACCCCAUGGCCAUGUCGCCAAACCCCUAACCCCCGCCCUCAGUGCAUCCUUCCAUCGCACCCAGACUAAAUCUCCUUUGACUCCUCGACUAGCGACGCCAGGCGGAUAUCGCACCCCUAACCGGUCGACCCCCUCCGAGCAUCCCUCCUCGGCCCCUGGUCGGCGGGAGCCGGAACCCUCCCUCCUCAGUGCCAACGUGACCCCUCGAUCCGGUUCCCGCGCCAGUAGAAGAGACGGAUCGACUGCUUCGCCGAAUAACCUCUCCUCGAAUGGGACGAGUUCACUACAUGUGUCCUGGGCACAACCCAGCGUGGCUCAGGGGGGCCCUCAGGGGCGGUUCCGCACCGAGCGGAGCCCAGUCCGGGGAGGUAUGCUCGAACCCCCGAAGGUUGCCCGAGCCAAAACAGUGGCAGGAGAGCCCAACCACCUCGCACGACCUCAUAUAUCCUCCGAGAAUGCAUCUGCAUCUCCUAUGUUUUUCCACGCCAGUGAUGCCCGAUCCACGAUUUCGUCGUCCGAGACGACCGAGGUCCGGCCCAAACUAGCGGGCAAAUCUGCCUCCGCGACCACAUUCGUCUACGCAAACGGACAAGAGGAGCGACAAGCGCCGAUGAGUGAUACUGGGGCAGGACCUACCUCGUACAAACGUCGAUCGCUCUCGCGCUCUGUGGUUUCGUCCAAGCCUGCCUCUCCCUCACCGCGACUACGACCCGCUCGGGUGAACUCAAAUCCCCGCCUUUCCGACAGCGUUGCAUCUCAGGUCAGCUCACAACUGGAAGAGCCCCUAGAACCCAGUGUACAGCCUCAAAGCCCUCCGUUGAGUACCGUCUCCGCUCGACCAGUCCCCGCCGUGCGCCACCUCAAAUCGUCCAGCGUGGACUCAGCAAACAAUGGUGCCCCCAAUGGUGCCCCACUCUCCAUGCCUCACCCCCACAAAGAAGGCCUCCGCCCCAGCCCUUUGAUCAUAUCUCCCUCCGAGCCCAAGCUCGACACCAGCACUAUAGCCACCGACCCGUUGCCUGGCCUUCGUCCCCGUGUCUUCAGCAAUGGAUCGAUCGCAUCGGUAGAAACCCAUGGCUCCGGAAUGCAGAGCCCGUCGAAGUCAGAAAGCGGUGGUCAAUCUUCCAACGGGAUGGCGCUGAAUGCGCGGACCGAGCGGAAGAUUCUGGAUCUGGAAAUCAGUAAUUCGUCGCUGCUGGCCAUCAACCGAACCCUGGAGCGCGAGAUGCGCAAGCAGAACGCGGAACUCCGACGAUACCGACGCCUCAGCCGCUCGGGACGGUUGUCCAUGGCGCAGUCGUCGCGAUCUGUGUCUGCCACGCUCUCCAUUCACAGCGAGGUCUACGAGGCCCCCAGCGAGCGGUCGUCGACCCGGUCAUCGCCGCAGGAACUGUCGGACUUGAGCGACGAGGAGGAUUCCAUGGUUGAUUCAGGCGUGCUCAGUCCGGCCGACUCGCAGGUCGACCCGGAGGGAAGCCAUCGUACACGGGAUGAGAAACGAUUCCUGCUCGACCUGGCCAAACACCAGGAGCUUCUCGCCGACAGCCAACGGAUGAAUCAGAGCCUAAAGCGGUGCCUGGGGUGGACGGAGGAGCUCAUCAAGGAGGGCCAGCGGGCGCUCGAGUAUCGAGUCCACGUGAACGAUGUGCAACUGGGCGGUCGGGUGCUCGCGCCCGAGGAUAUGCAUGACCCCCAUGACCCGGAGUACGUGGUGCCUGCACUCCCGAGCCCCAGCACCUCUGAAGAUCUAUCCGACGGGCCGCGAUCGGACGAGGAUUUUUCAGAAGAGGAGCUUUCAGACGAGGAGCUCUCCGACGAAGAGCUGUCCAGCCAUUGACGACGAGCUGCCCGCAUAAGUCGUUUUCCCCCCUCUACUUAAUACUUAAUAUUCGAGCCGGGCUUUGAUUGCAGCAGUAUACGGAGAGAGCGUUUGUUGACCCCCGACUAAAGCUGGCAUUUAGUCUUUUUGUGUGUGUGUGUGUUACCAGCGAUAGCGAUAGAUUGAUUUGUGUUGGCCGGCUGAUCAGCCACUUGCUCUGGUACUGUUACUGUUAAUGUUACUAGAUACCCCAGCGUUUAGACUUUAUCCAUAGAAUUGAGAUCGAACGGAUUUC